CCGGCCGUGACUGGCGACCCUAGCCCGCCGUCGUUACUUCCCGGUGAUAGGCCCACUCUCCUGCCAAUCAUGGGAGAAGGCGAGCGCUCGAUGCCCUUCUGCGCGCUGAGAGAGGCGUGUCCAAUCAGGUUGAGCGGAGCGAGAGCACGUUUCCCUUCGCACGCGCCGCCGGGAGGUGCCGCGAGCUCGGUACGGGGGCUCGCGGGCGGGGCCGGUCGCUUCCCCUGGCAGUAUUUGAAAUGACUGCCCACCUGGCCCUAUGGGAAGAUGUUUUGCACAAUGAGCAGCUCAUUCCGGAGGUAGCUGCAAUCGCUGUGGAUGCAGCAUUGCUUGAAGGAGUUCUGAUGAGGACCAAAGAGGAUUCCAAUUCUUCCGACGUGGUGAAUUAUGCUCCCUUUACAUUGCUCCCAUCUGUAGUACCAAGCACCAUCUUCAAACAAGCCUGUGCUGUUCAGCAAGAUUUUAACCUACUUGUGGAUGCUAUUAGCCAGAAUGCGGAAUUCCUGGAACGCACUCUUGCUAGCACCAUCAAAGUGGAUGACUUCACAGCUCAUCUCUUCAAAAUCUACAAGCAAGUGCUGAAAGAAGGGUUGGCUCAGUCAGUGUUUUUAGGAAUAAAUCGCUCAGAUUAUAUGGUUGACCAUGGUGCAGAUGGCACUCCAGCACUGAAGCAAAUCGAAAUAAACACCAUUGCUGCCAGCUUCGGAGGCCUUACUUCGAGAACCACUGCUGUGCAUCGGCACAUAUUGAACGUUUUGGGGAAGUCCAAGGAAGCUUCGAAGUUACUGGACAAUAAUCCAUGCAAAGGGAUUGCCUUGGGCAUUGCGAAAGCUUGGGAGCUCUAUGGCUCAGCCAGGGCUGUGGUGGUGUUCCUGGUUGCAGACACCGAAAGGAAUAUUUUUGACCAACGCUGCAUAGAAAAUGAGCUGUGGACCAGGAAUAUCCAGGUGAUCCGGAGACGGUUUGAAGAUGUGUUUGAAAAGGCAUCUUUAGAUAAUGACAGGAGACUGUACAUGGAAGGCCAAGAGGUUGCGGUGGUGUAUUACAGAGAAGGUUACAUGCCAGAGAACUAUAACAAACAGAACUGGGAGGCACGGUUGUUGAUUGAAAGGUCCAAAGCAGUUAAGUGUCCUGACGUUGCUACCCAACUUGCUGGGACCAAAAAAGUUCAGCAGGAAUUGAGCAAGCCAGGAGUCAUGGAGAGAUUACUGCCCAGCCGGGCUGAGGCGGUUGCUCGGAUAAGAGCGACAUUUACUGGCCUCUAUUCCCUGGAUAUGGGCGAAGAGGGUGCUAAGAUGGUUGCAAUGGCCAUUGCUGAUCCGGAACAAUAUGUGCUAAAGCCUCAGCGGGAAGGCGGAGGGAACAAUCUCUAUGGGGAAGAGCUCAAGCAACUUCUGGAGAAGAUUAAAGACAGCCCUGAGAGGUCCUCCUAUAUCCUAAUGGAUAAGAUCACACCUCAGACAUCAAUGAAUUACUUGCUCAGGGCUCACAGUCCUCUGAAAAUAUCAGAAUGUAUCUCUGAGUUGGGGUUUUUUGGUGUCUACAUCAGGCAGGGGAAGGACAUUGUGGUGAAUAAGCACGUCGGUCACCUCUUGCGAACCAAGGCAGUUGAGCAUGCGGAUGGCGGGGUGGCAGCUGGGGUGGCUGUGCUGGAUACUCCCUAUGUGAUAUGAAGAGGAUACCUCCCACAUCUGUUGCCCUAACUACUGCCAGAAGAGCUGUGAUUUCCUUUAGGGUUUGAUUACUUCAGUGUCCUGAUAAAUUUCUGUAAGCAGGACCACAGGGACAUUCCCCUUCCUGGCACAGUGAUCAUGGGGAGGGCAUGUGCAAUCACACUUGUACCAAAUACUUUUGUGCUACUCCCCCCAUGUCUUUCCUUUUUAAUUCUUCCCUCAGAAAGUCUUGGAUUCUCAUCUGAUCUUUUUUGCCUUAUUGAUAACUUCACACAAGCUAAUCCACAGACCCAUCACCACCUCUGCUCCAGGCAGCCAGAUAUGAAUGUAACACUCUGAAUUGUCUUGAAUGCAGCUGCUUUCUCAGGAAUGAGGCCACCCUAUUGUUCAGAACUCCUUGUAACUAGGAGUUGGAAUUUCCAUAUGUACCCUGUUCAAGACACUACAGCUGCCCAGUCUCUCCUUAAGUGCCUGAUCCCAGAAGGUUAAAUGUGCCUUCCACAUUUUCUGCUUCUCAUAUAGUUGCUACCUAUGAGGGCAUUUUGCUUUCUGGGCCAAAGGAAAGGAAGAUGGAGAACAGAAAUGAGGGUUGAUGGAUUUAGUUAAGGGCUUCCCACCCUAAUGCUACUAGCCUCUGUAGUAGAGAGAGAGCCUGGAGCACAGUGCCUGGUGCGAGGUCUGAACCAAAGUGAGCAAA